AUGAGAAAGCCGAGUUCAUCUCCAGCGGCAGCAGGAAAAGCAGCACCAAAGACGACCCCAUGUUGCAGCAAGGUAGGGUUAAAGAGAGGACCAUGGACACCGGAAGAAGAUGAACUCCUAGCUAGCUAUAUCAAGAAAGAAGGUGAAGGUCGGUGGCGAACUUUACCCAAGAAAGCUGGUCUCCUCCGCUGUGGCAAGAGCUGCCGUCUCCGCUGGAUGAACUACCUCCGCCCUUCUGUUAAACGCGGGCAGAUCGCCCCUGAUGAAGAAGAUCUCAUUCUCCGUCUCCAUCGCCUCCUGGGCAAUAGGUGGUCAUUGAUAGCUGGGAGAAUUCCAGGGCGUACAGAUAAUGAAAUAAAGAAUUACUGGAACACUCACCUGAGUAAGAAGCUGAUAAGCCAAGGAAUUGAUCCAAGAACACAUAAGCCUCUCAAUACUCAAUCUUUUGAUCAAUCCAAACCUUCUUCGUCUCAAGCGAAUCUGCACCAAGCAAGUCUAAAAGAACCUAUCAAGAUUGUUUCUUCUGCUUUGGAAGAAACUACAAGUGACAGUACUCACAUAAUCAGCAACAAAGAAAAUGAGUAUUAUCAAAACAACAUCAAUGCCCACCUGGAUGAUCAGUAUCACACCGAUCAUAUUCUUGCAAGUCAUGGCUAUACAAAUUUGCUGAAUUAUGAUGGUACUUCUGGGGUGGAUUUGAGAGGCAAUCAAAGGCUUGGGAAUGGAGAAGCUGAAGAUAUCCAUACCGGCACCGAAGAUGUGUUUUCAUUCCUCAAUUCACUCAUAAAUGAGGAGGCUUUCCAACAACAUCAGAUCUUUAAUGUGCCUAAUGUGAAUAGUGCACAACCCAGUUCAGAUCCGUUGGCUUCAAUUGCUGCCACAACAUUUGGACUUAAUACUGGCUGGGAAUCUACUCUCAUGCCUUCUUCUGUUCAACAAAAUGAUUCCAAAUAG